AUGGAACUAGAGACCGAGUUAGUACUGGAAGCCUUGGAUCUAAUAGAUCUUGAAUCUGCUGCAAAUGUUCUUGCAGCAGCUGGUAUUACCUUGGCAAUGUCGACUUGGCGCUUUGUUGGAAUUAGCUCUAAUCCAAUACACUAUGUUAAAGCUUCGAUCGCACGAGGCAUCUCGGAACUACUUUGUCACAUCUGGAUGUUCUUCGCCUUCUGGACGACAAUCUCCCGAUUGAUGUUGGCUCCAACCGCCGAAGUUCCAUUAGCUGGGAGUUAUUCGAAUAGACUACUCUCCGAAUCACAAUUACCAAUAAAAAUGGUUGGGUUUGGUGAACUCUUCGUGCCGAAGCAGGAGCUAGAGGGGAUGAUACGAAAGGAUUAUAGAGAAUUUAUCGGUUUAGCAAAGUAG